UGGAGGGUCCAAUGCCGAACCCACUAGGCAUUAGUCAUGCUUUCAUGGCAUCUUGUCUUACAUCAGAGAAGGCUAGGAGAAACCGAGUAGCAGUUACAACUUGAUUUUCCAGUUGAACUCGGGAACAUAUGUUCAGGAGGUUGCCUCCUGCUGUUUUAGAUAUUAAUGUAAUGAGAGAUGAAGAAGUUUGAUUGUAUUAUUAUAUUGUAAACCACCUUGUUCUAUUUCCUUGAAACUACUCAAUCUGAAUAUUUUAUUGGAUAUAAUCAUAUUUUGACGUCUUGAGAACAAGUCCAGAGGUCGGGCAGAAGCUAGGAAUAGUUUUGUAUCUUCUGCAGAGAAGGUUUGAAAUGUCCAGCAAGAAAUCUACGAAGUAUAAAUUUAUAAAAUAAAUAAAUUGACCUCAGAAUAGUUUAAUGGAAACCAAUACAAGUUGGAAAAAUGCCGGAACUUUCCUCCGAACUUUGAGCUUUAUCUUCUCUUUUUUUUUUCAGGUUUCUUCCAUUCUAAGAAAUUACUAGGGGGAUUUUAGAGUCUGAAUAAGAUUAUUAUGUGAAUUGUGUUUAGAAUCUGCUGAAAUUCUCUGAAGAAAUACAUGGAAAUAGAAUUAAGGUUCAUCGGAGACCAAAUACAGGAAAAUGCAGGAACCUCUGAUGAUCAUGUCACUAGCAUCACGGAGGCAGACAGGCAAUGGCUAAAAUCAGUGGAAACAAAGACUAAGCUAUUGCCAAAAUUGUUAAACAAUUCAGCCGGCAAGAGCUCUUGUUGCAUCUUUAGAGUGCCUCAAAGCCUCUUCGAGAUUAACAAGAUGGCCUAUCAGCCCCAUAUUGUCUCCAUUGGUCCUUACCACCAUGGCAAAGUGCAUCUCAAGAUGAUCGAAGAACACAAAUGGAGGUUUCUUGGUGGUGUUCUUGCUCGAACACAGCAACAUGGUAUUGGAAUCAACGACUUCUUCAAAGCCAUAGCACCGAUUGAGGAGAAGAUAAGAGAUUGUUACUCUGAGACUAUUGAAUGUAGCAGACAAGAAUUCAUUGAGAUGAUGGUGCUCGAUGGAUGUUUCAUUAUUGAGCUCUUCUGCAUCGUUGGAGGGAUAGUGCAAACAGAUAUUGAUGACCCUAUAUUCAAUAUGACACGGAUGUUUUUCUUUAUCAUGCGUGAUCUUCUCAGGUUAGAGAACCAAAUUCCCUUCUUUGUUCUUGAAACACUGUUCGAGACCUCAAUCUUAUCUUCAAGAAAACAAAAUGUUUCAUCCCUUGCGGAACUAGCCUUGGAAUUCUUUGAUUAUGCUGCUCAAAGACCUCCUGAAGUCCUAAGAAGGUAUAAAGACAUUAGGGGGAAGCAUUUACUAGAUUUGUUUCGGUCGACUAUCAUCCCUUCAUCCCAAGAAGUGCCUGGAAAGAUCAGUCCAUUCCUUCAAUUGAUUCAAUCUGCCAAGAAGCUCCAUCAAGCUGGAAUAAAGUUCAAGCCAAGGGAGACUGACAGCUUCUUGGACAUCGAAUUCAGCAAUGGAGUCCUUGAAAUCCCACUUUUAACAGUAGAUGAUUUCACCACGUCUGUCAUACUCAAUUGUGUUGCAUUUGAACAAUGCUAUAACCAUUGCUCAAACCACAUUACAAGUUAUGUUACCUUCAUGGGCUGCCUCAUCAACGCCCCUAGUGAUGCGGGGUUUUUAUGUGAUUACAAAAUAGUUGAGAAUUACUUCGGAACCGACGAGGAAGUUGCUCGUUUCUUUAAUAAUGUUGGCAAGGAUGUUACUUUUGAUAUUCAGAGGAGUUACCUGUCAAAAGUGUUUGAGGAUGUCAACGAGCACUACAGCAACAAUUGGCAUGUUAGAUGGGCAGGGUUCAUGCAUACUUAUUUUGACACCCCAUGGUCCUUCAUAUCAGCUUUAGCUGCAGUUGUUCUACUCAUCCUCACUAUGAUACAGGCCUUCUUUGCUUUCUAUGGAUAUUUCCGUCCUCCUAAACAAUAAUUACAUCCUGCUGUUCUAUCUUGCAAAUUGUAUAAUCGGGAUCCACUGAGCGAUGAAAAACCAUUCUCCUUGCAACUCUUUGCUGUUUUACCAAAACUCUGUAGUCUGCAGUCCCAAGUAAUGAUAGUUUUCAUGAAGCUUAUGCAUGAUGACAGUUGUACAUUAGGCUUUUGCUUGCUCAGAAUCAUUUUUCUGCGCCUAAUUUGACAAAGGAAAACGGAUGAAGACUAGGUAACUUUGUUGCAAUGAGUGCUCAAAAAAUUAUUGUUGUUCAAUGAUUAUUUUGAAAAUCUCAUAUUGAUUAAUGGAUAAGUCAAUAUAAUUAUCUUUGCUUGGUUGUA